UGACAUCUACCUCUCUAGGACUGGAAUCAUUUUUGACACAUUCCCAACGGUCGCGCUGUCCCGUCCAUCGCUGGGUGGAGCCAUGCCGAAGGGCGAUGGCCUAGGCUUCGUGUCCAAGGACUAUGCGGAUCUCUUUCGCGAGCUGCGGGGUGACCUGGCCAACAAGGAGCCGAGCUCACUGAAGCCGCCCUACCGCGUGGCCAGUGCCAAAUGGCCGAGCUCCACGCGCUCACCGUCCCCCGUGGGCGUGCUGCGGAUGAAGAUUCGCAUGCCUGGGGAUCGCUUCCCCAUUGACGCAGUGGUGCAGGGGGAGUACAUGAAGUGGAGCAUCGUGGAGGCACUGAUGCAAUCUUUCAAGAAGCUGUUGAAGAUUCAGAUCAACACCGGCAGCAUCCUAAUGUGCACUGACGAGAUCAAGAUCCUGGAGGUUCAUACGCCCUCGAUGGCGGGGAACCUGUGGCAGUUCUGUGAGUUUCGCUUUGAUUACCAGGUGGCUGUAGAGGAGGAGGCUGCCUUGGCGUUGGUCUCUGGUGUGUUCAAUCGCAUGGCAGACUUUGAGGCAAGCUUUUGCCAGAGUCUGGAGAACAAGUUUCGCGAGAUCUACCACCUCACAGUACUCGGGCUCAUCAACAAGCGCUUUGCACUCAUGGAUGGUCGAGCCGUUUGGAAUCAGCUGCAAUUCUUUAAGGCAGCGGAGGUCAACGACACCAACGAGAUCACCCGACUCUUGAAAGAGGUGGACGUGAAUGCUGUGCAAAAGGAGAUCCGUUUUCCUCAAGGUGUACUAGAUGAGGACUCCUACUUCUCAGUGGUGACCCUGCAACGUACGCCGCUGCUGGCUGCAGCAGAAGCCGGACGAUUGGAGGCGGUUCAGCUCCUGGUGCGUGCCAAGGCGGAAGUGAACUAUCAGGACACCUCUGGCUUUCACGCCUUGUACCUGGCAGCUGGCUCCGGUGUUCCGGAGGUGGUGAGCUGUUUGCUGCUGCAAAAUGCAGAUCUGCAUUUGAGGAACCGCAGUGGCUAUACAGCCCUGCACAAUGCAGUCGGAUGUGGCCAGGCCGAGUGCAUCAAGGUGCUUUUGCAGGCCAAUGGGGACUUGAAUCUGAAGACCCGGAGUGGUGUGGCCCCGGUACACCUCGCCGCCAUUAGCAAUCAAUCAGCAUCAUUGGAGGUGCUGAAGCAGUGCAGAGCCAACCUAGAUAUGCCCGCGGUGGGUGGCAACACACCGGUGCACGAAGGAGUCAUGCAGAACAACCCAGAGAUCAUUCAAAAGCUCUUCGACCUCAAGGCAGAUAUCAAUAUCGAGAGUGGCCCGGACAAUCACUUUGCAACACCUUUGGCUAUGGCGCUUGAAAGGAAGAAGAAGAAGGCUGCAAAGAAGCUGCAGGAGCUCAACGCUUUGGAGAAGGUACCAGGAGGCAACCUUCCGGACAGCUUGGAGAUUGUGGAGUUCAAGCUCCGCCGCCGCAGCUUGCGCUGAAGCCAGAAUAGGAUCUCUUCCGCUUUCGGGGCUUGGAC